UCCAACACACAUAGCACUACAAAUAAAUACGACUCUGUACUAUCCGCUACGUUCCAUAACACAUAAUUUUGCUUCCGGCCGGUCACCGACUAACCGCCGCGUUCCUCCUCCUCCACCGUGCAUUUCAAAUCCUUAACUUCUUCAUAAGCAGAAUUACAUCCAUAGCUGUCGGAGAUGGGAUUUAAGAAGGUUUAUAAGGGAUUGCAGGAUAUUUUUCCUGAGGUUGAUUCUCGAAUUCUUAGAGCUGUUGCUAUUGAGCAUUGUAAGGAUGCUGACACAGCUGUUGAGGUGGUCCUCAGUGAAGUUAUCCCCUACUUGACUAAGCUUCCCUCAACUUCUUCUGAGCAUUGUGGGGUUACUGUCAAAUCAUCUGAAGCUGCAGUAGAUUCUAAUAGAGGUCCACAGACUGAUGAUUUUCUUCUUCACAAUACAAAAGACUCAGAUGAACUGCAAAAUGGCUCAUCAUUCUAUGAUGCUGGUUGUGGACAUCAUCAAACAAUUGAAGAUACUGAUGGUGAAUCCCUUCAGCAUUAUCAUGAUGCUGUUGGUGGAGAUCAUGUAUUCGAAGUCAAUGGAGGUGGGACACCGGUUUCCUUGGAGAAGUGCGAUAAUAGUAAUGACAAAGUUACUGCUUACGAACCCUGCCAAGUCACAUAUGUCAUGUCAGAUGCUAAAGAUGAGGCUAGAGAUGAUGUUUAUGAGAAGUGUGCACACUUGCUUAGCGAGAAUGAGAAAUGUGAACACUCUGCAAGUCCUGAAGCAACUUCUUUCAAAGUAAACAAAAAUAAUGGAGCUGAAGUUGCAGACAAUCAGCUUGGUCUGCCUACAGCAUGUGUUGUUCUGCAUAAUACCCUUGAAGGGACUGAUAAAUCACCUUGUGAUGAUUCUAAUGCACACAUGCACAAAAGGAUACAUGAAGAGGUUUCUUCAAUGGACAAUCAGGACAUGAAAGAUCCUGAGAGUCAGGUUGCGCGCUUGAAUGUUCAAACUUUAUGUGGUUCUGAAAGUAGUAUAGAGUUUGUGGUUGCACCAGAUGUGCAUAACUUUGAGCUAGAAAAAACAGAACUCAAUCUUCAUCAAAAAGAAAAAGCAGAACUAGGUGAUUCAGUCGAUGCUACAUCUAGUAAAGAUUUGGUGGAUGUAAUUCUUGUAACUAAAGAAGAAUCAAUGCCAAAUUCAGUGGUCACUGCAUCAGGUCAAAUUUGUAGUAUUGACCUUCUCGAGGAUAUGAUGACAGAAGCCAAAAGUAACAAGAAAACACUGUUUUUGGCUGUGGAGUCUGUUAUCUGCUUGAUGAGAGAAGUUGAACUCCAAGAGGAAGCUGCAGAGCAGGCAAAGUUUGAAGCUGCUAAGGGGGGACUGGAUAUGCUUAAGAGGGUAGAGGAUCUGAAAGAAAUGUUACGACAUGCUAAGGAAGCAAAUGAUAUGCAUGCUGGUGAAGUAUAUGGUGAGAAGGCCAUCUUAGCUACUGAAGUUAAAGAGCUUCAAUCUCGCCUGCUCGGCUUGGCAGAUGAAAGGGACAAAUCUCUUGCAGUUCUUGAUGAGAUGCGUCAGACACUUGAGGUGCGAAUGGCUGCUGCUGAGAAAGAAAUGAAAGCUGCUGAGCAAGAAAGACUAGACAAGGAAGAGGUUGCACGUAAAGCGCUUGCUGAUCAGGAAAUCAUUAUGGAAAAAGUUGUGCAAGAGGCAAAUGUUCUGAAGCAAGAGGCAGAAGAAAAUGCUAAGUUGAGGGAUUUCCUGGUGGAUCGGGGGCGUGUUGUUGAUAUGUUGCAAGGCGAAAUCUCUGUCAUAUGCCAAGAUGUGAGGUUGUUGAAAGAGAAAUUUGAUGAUCGUGUUCCUCUUUGCAAAUCUUUAUGUUCAAGCCAGACCAGCUGUAUCUUAGCCUCAUCAAGUUCAUCUUCAAAGAGUAUGGCACUGGAUCAGGUGCCCGACCCUGCAGAUUUGUUGCAUUCUCCAGAAAAGCUGGAUACAGUAUCUACUCAUGAGGAGGAGAACAAGGCAUCUGAAGAUGUUAAGUCGGUGAUCCAUAACACGGAUCUUCUGGAUGAUGGAUGGGAAAUCUUUGACAACCAUGAGCUAUGCAUGUGAAUCAAGUGGGUAUAUGCCGUGACUAUUAUAGAAGAACCAUUGACUGCUUGCGUUAGUUCCAACAUAUCUCUCUCAUCUAUUAAAUAAAGUUUCUUGUUAGAAACGAACCUCUUCGGAAUUCCAGUUUGUUAUGCUCAUUUUGCAAUGUUGGUUGAGAGCUAUUUUAAAGAAGUAUCCUAUCCUAUUGAAGUAUUUGUACAGUACAAGUUUAUAAAUAACAGCUUAUAUUAGAGAAGUACAAUCAUGUACUCGGUCGAGUUCUCUAUCAGCAGAUUGCUUCGUUCAGUUGA